AUGUGUAUAUAUAUUUCUACCUUGUCGGUCGUAUAUAACAUUUUACUAUACAUACAGUCCCUGUAGGAAAGUUUCAUUGACAAACCUACCUGGCUCAUGAUUGACGUUUGUACGUUCUGCUCCGGUGAUAGAGGCCACGCCCAGUGCCCAGUGUUGUGUAGUACGGUACGACGCUACUAGUCAGUCGACUUGGCGAGACCCGGCGCCAGAUUAACUAAACAUGUUGUCCUCACAUGGGAGUAUGGCUGUGUACGUUCAAUUCUUGGGCCAAAUAAUGUUGCUUUUUCUAAUGCACGAAAAUUAUUCGCCACAUCAAUGACAUGUGAUGCCAAAUAAGUGAAAGUUUUCAACCAAAUUAAUUGUUAUACAUGUUUUCUUAGGAGUGUUAGUGAAUGAUACUACUUGCCAAAUGACGUAAACCAUGCGGCGGAUUAAAGACGGAAGCUUGCUUUGCACUGUUUUCGCUCUCUUCAGUGCAUAUGAAGCAGCACUAGUGCUCACCCCUCCAACACUAACGGAUAGUACCAAUGAGGGGGUCACAGAUGCAGACUUUUUAAACCAAGGAUACAGUAAUAGACACCUGUAUCCUAAACCAGAUGAAGUCACAAUCAAAUGCAAGAUGUUGGUGUCAAAGCGGUUACUGUCCGAUGGGAAAUGCACAUCUAACGAAUUCUUAGUGGAUAGAGUGUGUGCAGGACGGUGUCAUCCUGCUAGACAAGACAAUAAGCCUUGGUGGGGCGAGUACCUUAAGUAUUGGCAUUCCCAGUACGUAAAACACUGGAAGUGUAAGGCGGGAAAAACAGGGCGACAGAGAGUUAUCUUAUUGUGUCCAAAUGGCACGCAUCGAACUUAUAAAAUAAAAGUAGUUAAGACAUGUAACUGUGUACAAUAUUCUAAAAAGGACAAUGAAUCAAACUGUCGGAAAAGAGGAUCACGGCGAAAACGUCGACGGCAUCGUUUAAAGAAAAAAAGAGGAGGGCGAAGAAAAAAUAAAAACAGUAGGAACUAUUUGAACAGUAACAGUCCAGAGUUAUGAAUGGUUUGUGCAAACUCUAGGAGGAACUUCUCUUCUAUUUAUAGAAUUCUAUUUAUAGAAACCACGUGUCGUCAACCGUAGUGUAAUGGCUAAUAAUAUACUGGAUCUGUCGAGUGUGUGCCCACCCGUAUAUCCCAGACCAGGUUGUGUGUUGAUUGGUCUACAAUAUACUCGACUAUUUCCCUCGGAUUUUCUGAUUUCACGAAAAUAAACGAUCGAACGUGUUUAUGAAAAAAGGAAUACCUAUUGGGAAACUACAACGACAGACGAACCGCAUGUUCUCAUGUACAUGAAAUUACAUUGUUCGAUAUAGUCCUUUUUACGCAUGUCAUAUUUAUUGACGAACGGGAAGUGAAGCAAACAUUCCCGCGCAUGUGCAGUGUUCAGAAUUUACGUUUUCCUGUGGUGCAUUCAACGAACGACAAUCGCCUCUCCAUUCUGGAGAACGAGAUCCGCGUGGCCUGGCCUACACAUGUUAAUACAUACAUUAUUAGACAGUACGCCAGAGGAAUAAGAAGAUUCCAGAAAGGUGCAGAAGUUUCCCCCUGAUAUCUGUGAUCAACAUUGUCUUUUUAACAUUGUUUUUUUUUUUGAGACUCGUCUGUUAUGAAUCCCAUAUCAUCAUGUUUCAUUUGUCAUUACAUAUCGUACGUGCCCCUUGUCCCUUUACUCAUUGCAUUAAAUCCCAAUGUAACUGAUCUAUAGAACAACCCUUUCUUGUGCUACUUUUUUCGUCCUUGUUUUAAAUGAUUUGUUUAUAUUUCUUGAAAUAACUGCAAACCUGGUGUAAAAAUAAUAACAUUAAGACUAGAUCUGUACUCAAUGGAGGUUACAAUAAUUCGGUACACUUCCCUAAGAGCCUUUCGAACAGAACAAACCUAUUAAUUCAGCAAAUUAUAUAUUUGUCGAACAAAAUAAUUCCAUGGCAUCUGGUAUGUAUAGGUAUUUCAUUUAUGAUCACUGUAACAGUACAAUCAUGUAUUUAUCAUGCAAAUUCACAAGACCAAUCCGAACGACUUAGUAGUAUUUAUAUUGUCUGAAUCCCCGAAGAAGAAUUAUAUUCUUUAACACUCUAUUAAAUGACCAUUAAACUCGUACACAUAUAUGUAUCCUGAAGUAAGUGUCAUUACAGAUUGUAUUGAAGCCUAUUGUCAGAUAAGAUGUUUAUCUUGUAAAAACAUUCCGUGAUCAUGUUCAUUAUUAUAUUGAUUUUUAAUGUUAUUAAAGACGAAAGUAAGAAAAACUAAAAUUUUAGAAUGAUAGAUUUAUGAACUGGGUAUCAUUAACCAUAUACAAUGUAAAUAUAUCUGCCGCACGUGUUUCAUCGACAUACAGAUUAACUAUUGAAAGAGGAUUUAAGGAUUUACACCAUCAUGGUUAACAUACAAGAAUUAUUUUUCAAUGCCGAUAUCUUCCAAAAGUGUUUAUCUAUGGGAUUGGCACAUACUACAGUUGUAAAUAUGUUGCUGUCAAUUUUGACCAAUGACGUCAUCUUGCAUGUCAAUGACUGAAGGCUUAUACAUCAAUACGAUUUCCUUCAAUAACUCCAUCUCAUCACUCUGUUUUUUAUUUGAUUUAGACGCGCGGUAUAUUUUAUUUCUCCAAGACUUUUGUUGUUCAGCCGACCAGCUAUAUUAUGGCAUCUUCAAAAUAUACAAGUGACGUCAUUUAGUAGAGUUGAUAAUGACGUCCAAUUACAAGGAAUUUACAUUCAAGCACAUACAUCUGUCUAACGCGUUGACUGUGAUUAGCAAUAAAUCUUUACUCGAAAAAUACACAUUAAUCUGUAUUGAUUGGAUAAAAAACAAGUGAUUAAGAAAAUGUAUUUUCUGGUAAUCGAAAAUGAAAUUUAAAUUUAAAAGUAAAUAUACACAAAUCAAAAACGAUGUUUCAAACAAUGAGUUGUAUCCAUUUUUCCUCGUAAUUUUGUAGUAUUCAUAAAUAUAAUGUAUACUUGUUGUAUAAUCUCAACCACAUCACUAAGUGAUCAGAUUUAAGUAUUCAAGUCUUUAAGGCCAGUCAAGCUUGGAAUAUCAAACAACAACAACAUUUGUAAAUGCAGUUUUCGUAUGAAAUGUUCAGCUAUAAUAUAUGAUAUGGUAUCUGCUAGAGUUGUAUGAUAAACUAGUACCACACACCUCCACCAUGACACGAGACAUCAAUAUUCUGGUGGAGUUUGGUAAUACGCACAAGUUUGUCUCAUUUAUAAUACUGAACUAAAUGUCAUUGUUAUUACAUUUCCGUCGUAUUAAUCUGGAAGAGAAGUUAUAUUCCUCGUUCGUUUUAACAAAGUAACGAUGUUUAGUAGCUGUUGUACUGUCAACAUUAAAUUUCAUUUCCAUCUUACUUAAUGUAAUGGUUUCUUUAUAAGUGUAUACUUUCAAAAUUAUGUUGUCAUCAAUUUAAUCUCACUUGAAAUCAUAAGGAAACGACUAUUGAUAAUCAAUAUUGUCACAACACGGCGUCGUGUAUUUAUUAUAGUGAUAUCAAUGUAAUUGUGAUAGCAUUCUUUAUCAUCCAAGUAUGUAUGCUACAUCAUUUGAACCAUUUCAGCCCGAUAUGUGUCAACGUCCUAUGAUGUUGGCUUGUUCUUCAUGGACAUGUGUGUAAAAACAGGUUAAUACGCAUCGACAUCUGUGUACAUCUUUUAUGACGUCAUUGAUAUUUGUGUACAUCUAAUGACGUCACUGACAUUUGUGAAUACUUUCAAAUGUAUCUGACGUAUUGUCUGCAUUCGUUUCUCAUACAAUGUGCGUACAGAUAGACACAAUAAAUAAAACACAUAAUUCUAUG